AGCCAAUCCGGAGUGAAUGCGGAAAUGACGUAUAGACGCUAAAGAUGGCGUCAGUUUCAAAAGGAGUUGCUGGUCAUUAGAGGAAUCCACUGGAGAGAUGCAGACGGAACCAGCCGAGAGGAGGAGACGAGCGAGAGGAAGGAGAGAGGAAGAUGAGGAGGGAAGGAAAGGAGAGAAGGGACCAAGGAGGGACAGGAGCCGAGGAGGACGGAGCAGGGAGGCGGAGGAGAGGAGCAGGAGGGCGGCGUCAGAAGGAGGUGAUGGAGGCGAGCAGUCAGGGAGGAGGAGAGUCCAUCAGCUGGAGAAGGAGAGACUGGAGCUGACCUCCACCCACAACCAGGAGGUGUGUCGUCUGCAGGCGGAGUUGACUCGUCUCCGGUCGUCGGUGGAGCGAGGAGAAGCUCAGCGGGUGGAGCUUCAGUACCAGCUGACACUGAGCCAGAGAGACUCCACCCGGGCCUCCGAGCUCACAGAGCGAGCAGCAGAGCUCCAGCUGAAGGUCAUGGAGCUGCAGAAAGCUCUGGACUUCAUCCGGCAGGCCAGAGACGAGGACCAGCAUGCAUUGCAACAGGAAGUGGAGGAGCGAGACAGACUGAUUCACAGCUUCGGAUCAGAAAGCCAACGACUGCACCGACUGCUGCAGGAGCAGGAGGAGGCUCUGGAGGAGUCAGAGAGGAGGAUGGCGUCGCUGCAGAGGGAGAGAGACGAGGAGGCCGAGGAGAACAGACGACGAGCCGGGGAGCUGAAAUACCUGACGGAGAGAGAGGAGAGGAGCAGGAGGGAGAAGGAGGCGUCGGAUCAGAGGGUGAAGUCUCUGGAGGCGAGCGUGGAGGCGGAGCGAGCUGCUCACCUGGAGUCAAAGUUCAACUCUGAGAUCGUCCAGCUGAGGGGGCGGGACCUGGAGGCGGCGCUGGUGGCAGAGCGGUCUGGCCAGCAGGAGGCGCAGUGCGGCCUGGAGCUGCUGAAGGCUCAGCUGAGGGAGGCGGAGAGAGCGACGGGUCUGGAGAGAGAGAGGAGCAGCAUCACUGAGAACACUCUGCAGAGGCUGCAGAAGGACUACGAGCAGUACAAGUCCGACCUGAGCGUUGCCUUGGAGACGGAGAGGACAGCAACCUCUGACCUCACAUGGAAGCUGGAGGAGGAGAAGAGACUGCACGCCAACACACACACACUGCUGGAGGAGGAAGCUCAGAGACGUCGUGAUGCAGAGGAAUGUUUGAAACACAUCAGAGACACACUACAACUACACAACUGCACAGGCACUGUUCAUCCUGCAAAGCAUGAUGGGAAGCGGAGUCCCUCUGUUGACGUCCUGCAGCUGCUGAAGACGACGCUCCUCAGACUGGAGACGGCAGACAGACAGGUCCAGGAUCUGCUGCCGGCGUCUGAGCGACUCCACGAGGAGAACCAGACGCUCAGACGGCUGACCUCAGAUCAGAGCCGACAGCUGGAGGAGUCUCAGCAGCUGUCCGUCAAACUGGAGGAGGAGGCGGGACGACUACGCCAGGAGAGCUCUGAUUGGACGACGCUGAGCCGAGGUCUCCGGGCCGAGCUGGAGAGAGAGAGGGAGGAGAGGGAGAGAGAGAAGGAGAGAGAGAGGGAGGAGAGGACAGCAGAGGUCCAGAAGAUAACUGACUACUACCAGCAAGAGUCAAAGGUCCGUCUGUCCUUCCUCUACCUCGUCUAUCAGCGCCUCCUGGCCGGCUGCGUCCUCCUGGAUCAGCCCCAGAGCAUCCUGGGAGAUUUCACCUGGAAGGAGCUGUGUGAGGUCAUCACGGAGCAGGUGGACCAGCUGACCUCUGACCUCCGCAGGGCCGAGCACAAGAUCGCCCAGCUGCAGGGUGUGUGUGAGAAGAAGAGUGUGUGUGUGCGUGAGCUGCAGCUCAGUCAGGAGUGUGUGUUGUCUCGUCUGGAGGAGAGCGCGAGGAGGAGGGAGGAGGCGUGGAGCAGCCGACACACACACACUGUGACACGUCUGCAGAAAGAGCUGCAGCUGAGUCGCUCUCAGUGCGACUCUCUCCGUGACCACGCCUCCUCCCUAGAGCUCCGCGCCUCCUCGCUGACCUCUGACCUCUCCCGGAGCCGCGGGGAGUCGGCCUCCUUCCUGGCGGCGUGCGCCCUGCUGGCCGGCGCUCUGACGCACGGCCACCGCCGCCUCCGUGCUCUCUCCCAGCAGAAAACACUGGUGUGCAGGCGGCUGGCGGAGCGGGAGGAGCUGGAGGAGGAGGUGAGGAGGCUCGCCGGAGCUCUGGGAGGUGAGGAGGAGGAAGAUGAAGAGGAGGAGAGGAAGAGGAGGAGGAGGAGGAUGGCGGUGAGGAGGUGGAGGAGGAGCGUGUGUGUGGUGAUGGCGGUAAAGAGGUGGCGUGCUCUGACACAACAGACCACCGUGUUGUUUCGCCUAGAGACGGGCGUCUGCGUCUGUGGAGGGGUCGCCAUGGCAACAGAGGAUGCUCCGACCUCAGAUGAUGAUGAAGAUGAUGAAGGUGUUAAAGGGGCGUGUUCUCGCUGGCUCCGCUCUCAACGUCUCUCCUCCAUCAUUCUGUCCUCCAUGGCCGACCUACAGGGGGCGCUAGCAUACACCGGCUCCGCCCCUCCAGACGUGAUGUCAGCGGCCCGCUCCGCUCUGUCCCGCCUCCUGGAUCGGCUUCUCGACCAAUCAGACGCUGCGUCCAGUUUGUCUCCCAGCAGAGUGGACGAGGACAAUCUGAAAGGCCGGCUGGGACUCGGACUGAGUAGAGGGACGCCUCCACGGCCGAACAUGAAGGCGCUGGUGUCCGGCCUCCAGCAGCACUUCCUGCUCUUCAGCCAACGGCUACACUCGGCCGAGGUGGAGAGGCGGAGCCUGAGGCUGGAAGUGGCCAAUCUGAAGAGAGGACGGCGGCAGGACAGAGAGGACACCUGCAGGACGGUCCCAGUGCAGCGGUUCCACAGUGUGUGUGUGGAGCUCCGUCAGGCGCUGAGCAGGGAACAGGAAGCCCAGUCGCUGAUCCAGGAACAGACCGACCGGCUUCACACACUGCAGCUCAGAGUCAACACACACACCGCCGAGCACAACGACACACAGCGCACACUGAGCGCCACCACACAGUCUUUGUUGGAGGCUCGGCAGGAGGUGAGUCGGAAGGAGCGCUCGCUGAGGAUUCUGGGUAAGCACCUGUCGGGGGUUCAGAAGGAGAGGAGGCAGCUGGAGGAGAGACUGCAGCGGGUGGAGGACGAGCUGAGGGACGCCGACAGACGUAAAGAUUAUCUGAUCAGCAACAUGAAGGCUGCAGAGAAGAGUUACAAAGAGGUCAGAGAGAUUCUCGUCCAAUCACGUCGCUCCCAGUCAGCUCCGCCCCGCCCCCUUCCAUUACCCAGGGAACACCUGGAGCUGAGUGCAGCAGAGAGCAUCAUGGGAGCUCCUGAGGUUGCAGCGUGCCAGAGUCUCCUCUCCUCCGUCUCUCAGCUCUGUCUCACCUGCAGCUCCAGGAUCGAUUGGCUGGAGCAGGAAGUCUCCGCCUACCGAGGUCAUGUGACCGCGCUGCGCGGCGAGCUGCAGGACGCCUGUCUCCGUGACAACCUCGCAUACGUCCCUGCAGCUGAGUUUGCUGAAAGGAUUAUAUUGGCUGACGUGGAAGUCCCUCAACCUGUCCCCGUCUCUGAUUUGUUGAAGGAGCCAUCAGUCUGUUUAAGCCCCGCCCCCUCACAGACAAACCUCUUCAAACCCCUCAAGAGUCCCAGAACGAGGGAGAAGAAAGCCUCGAAGAAGAGCAGAGGAGGAAGGAGAUAAAUGUGUGAGAUAUCUCUGAAGUCUGAAUCAGGAUGAGGACGAGGUUUUGAGUUUUAGAACAUUCUGGAAACGUUUUUAAAUAGUCCUGGAAACAUGUGGAGACAAUCAGAAGAGUGUUGAUCUUUAACAGCUGGUUGGCGGCGGACGACUGAAGGCCAGAUGGUCGUGUG